AUGGCAUUCAAGAAAGUCGCAAUCGCAGGUGCCACUGGCAACCUUGGUCCUCACAUCGUCAACGAGCUAGUCAACCAAGGCUUCGAAGUCACCGUCCUCACAGCCUCGGGCAACACCUCUGGUCUACCUUCAGCAAUCAAAGUCGCUAAAGUUGAUUUCUCCUCCCAAGACUCCCUGGUUUCUGCUCUUCGCGGUCAAGAAGCCUUUAUCUCGGCAAUCCCGAAACAUGAAGACCAACCUGCUCUUAUCGACGCCGCUAUCGCUGCUGGCGUCCAGAGAUUUAUCCCUUCGGAGUUUGGCAGCAAUAUUGUCGGCAAUGAGAAUGUUCGUGCUCUGCCUGUGUUUGCCGGCAAAGUCAAGACGCAGGAGUAUUUGCGUGCCAAGCAGGAUCAAAUUAGCUAUACCCUUUUGACCAACGGAUUGUUCCUGGACUGGGGUAUUGGACUGGGCUGGCUCAUCAACCUGAAGGGCAAGACCCAAAUCCUCGACGACGCCAACAGUGUCCACAGCUUUACUCUUCUCAGUGACGUUGGUAAAGCUGUCGCCGGUAUCCUCAACCACCCAGAAGAAACCAAGAACCGUGGAGUUUACGUCCAAACCGCCGAGACUGAGAGUGUCGAUCUCGCGCAGGUGGAGAAGAAUGCUUACGCAGAGUUGAGCAAGGAAAAUGGAGACAUCGGUAGUGCCAUGUUGGACUUUGUCAAGAUCUCCAUCUUCAAGGACGGCUAUGGCAAUUUGUGGAACGAGAAGAACGACAAUGAGUUGCUCGGUGUCAAAGGCUUGUCAGAGGCUGAGAUCGGAGACUUGAUUGCCAAAUACUUUUGA